CGUGAAACGCUCAGUGUCGCGGUCCCUUCACCCAACAGCACGCGUCUCUCCUCCGCACCUCCCACCACACACAUACACCGCAUCUCUACCCCCCCUACUGCUACUUCUGCAGGUUAAAUACUACCUGAUCAUGAUUUCAUGAUCAGAGGGUGAAUUGGGAUGAUAAGUUGUGUGUUAUUUCACCUCCAGCUGUUCAUAAGGUCACCAUGCUUCGCUACAGGAACCAAAAACCCUUAGGCCCACGAGAUCAAAUUAUUCAUUGAUAGAUUUUCACGAAACAAAACAGGUGGUGCAUCGAUCCCAGUGGUUUUUCAAGGGAAUUUUUGUUUUGUCAUCUUUCAACAAUAAACGGAACAAAGGCUUGGCACUAUCUUAUGGACAAGUGUUUGAAUGUAAACUUGAUACCCGCAAAAUAUUCUCGGGUUUUAUAACUUGGAACACACACCAACCAAUUCUAGUCUAUAUCUGCCAAUUGGAUGAAACUAAUGAAUAGAUAAAAUUGAUAAAUCUACAUGAAAAAGAAAAAGUUUGAAGAAAGUGGACAAACACGUUGAUAAUAUCGACUAUUGUAUACCAGAAAAUCACUCGCGUCCAGAAAUCCCAUGUAUUAAGUGAUCAGAAGAUAAGAUUACUAUUUACGAAUAAGGUUCAAAAGGUCACAGUAAUCGUCGAAGAUAACAGACUCGUAGUGUUAAGUGCAUAGAGCCACCCAAUAAAAUAAAGUGAAAAUAAAUACUAUUACCUUAUCAACUUUUAACAAUAAUUACAUUACUAAAACUGAUAUCUUGGGAAAAAAAUUAAGAAAAAUAAAACAAAAGUGAACGAAAUAAGCUACUUUUUUUUAUGCUCUGAAGACAAAUCAGGUUUAUACUGUGUGAAAAAAAUUCUAAAAUAUAUAUUAUAAAUUUCCUGUGUGAUAGAAACAGCUGAUAUAUUCAGAAACACACACACGCAGGUAACUACAUUUCUUUCCAACAUUACGUAUCAGAACAGUGUACUGAAUCAUCUACUGUAAGGCAAAAACUACGGUAAUUAACAGACUACCUUGAGCAUCAAAUUAGAGGGAAGACGCCACCACAGCCGCUUACAUUAAUCUGGUGACACCGUUCCUCAAACAAGAAUGCUCGCCGAGGGGCAACACUGUCUGCUUGAGGUCGGUGGUGUUCCUGAGGUUGUGGCAACACUACACCCAGGAGGAAUGCACAGUGAGUAGUAGACUACUUGUGUGGGGCUCAGUUACACCCAGCUGCACCACGCCUGCGUCUUGCUGAGUGUUGUGAGGCGGAUGGGCGGUGAUGGUGGUGAGGUGAGGAGCGAUGCGGGCGGCAUGACGCUGUCCACGCCCACGCCACCACGGACGCCCCCGCAUCCGACAGAUCAUGUGCACAUCGCAAGGUCGACUCACAUCACUGUAUCAGCCCAGGACGCGCACGGCAUUUGUGUGGACGUGUGUGUGGGUGUGGACGUGGGUGGGGCUUGGUGUGUGGGGCGGGUGUCCCAAAGUGUGUGAGUGUUUCUGGCGAGACGGUAAACAGAUGGUGGCUUGUCGGGACGCGCAGUUCAUCGACAUUCCUCGAGGGAUAGAACCAUCCACCCAAGUACUGGAUCUUAGCCACAACAACCUGAGGAUCCUCCCCCGAGACUCCUUCCUCUACACGGGUCUCCGGAGCCUUCAGAAGGUGAUGUUAAACCACUGCAACCUCAUACUUCUGGAGAAAGGAGCAUUCAACGGUGUCGAGAACAUAAUGGAGCUUGAUCUCAGCAACAACCAGCUCCGAGCGGUGCCUUCAGCGGCCCUGAUGGACAUGUUAGGCCUCCGGGAGCUGCGCAUCGCUCACAACGCCCUCACUACCAUCCCUGCCUCAGCCUUCACACGCACCCCGCACAUAGUCCAGCUAGACGUGAGUCACAACAAACUACACACCAUCGAGAGGGGAGCGAUACGGAAUCUAACGGAACUAGAAAUAUUGAACUUAUUCGAUAACAAGUUUACGUUCCUAAAUGCUAGUGAACUUGAGCCUUUACUUCUCCUGCGCGUGAUUCGAGUAGAUGGCAACCCCUGGCACUGUGACUGCCGCUUAAAGUCACUCCGCCAGUGGUUUCACGACCGCAGAAUGGCCGCAUCUGUACCGCCCUCGUGUUCACAGCCGAAAUGGCUGAUAGGGCACGACUGGCAGCUCCUGGACAACGACGAGUUCAUUUGUGCCCCGCAGGUCACAGCGGUCGCUCCUAGGGUGCUGGCGGCCCAUGGGGAAAAUGUUUCAUUACUGUGUCGUGUGGAAACUGAAGUAGAAACUACUGUCACGUGGUUCAUAGGUGACGUUCCGUUAUACAAUGAUAGUGAGCUACAGAGGUACUUGGUGGUGGAGCUGAUGACUGCUAAUAAUAUGUCCUACGUGUCAAACCUGACUAUUACAGAUGUUGUGUCCGAGGACCAAGGCACGUACCGUUGUGUGGCGGAGAACAGGGCGGGGUUCAGGGAGACAAACUUCACUUUACAGGUGUCACAUGAAGUGGCCGAAGUAAGAGUGGCCAACAUCGAUGUUAGUUAUAUAAAGGAGGGUCUGUUGGGGGGGAUCUCUAUUCUUAUUUUUGUGUUACUUCUUGUGUGUAGUAUAGUGUACUGCAAGUUACGAGUGAAUCGUGAGCAGCGUCAAGACGAAGACAGUGUCGAGACUGCCCAGUCGUCGAGGAGCUCAGACUGCGACGCGCAGCACAAACUAGCCGGUUACCACGUGGUGCCAACCAGCGACUUGGAGGAGUCGUCGCCCUGCAGACAGCAACCUGAUCCUUCCUGGGACCUCAGACACAGAGGCCCUCCGGGAGAAUUUCCUCCUGGCAACGUUCUUGAUGUAAACGUUAAGCAGAGACAAGAACUGCCUGAAUGUGCUGGUGCACAGGCCAUGGCGUCCGCCACUGUCUCCUUCGUUGAGAAUCCCAAACAUGAAGUUUGUGGCAUACGGCACAACCCCCUUGAGAUAACACACUGGAAGGAUAUGGUGUGCCACAAGGACAUAUUUCUUCACAGAGUUUGUAGUCGAUCAGUGUCUCAGGUGUCCUUGGGUAGUGGUAAACAGUACCCAGAUCUGCUGGACCUGCCACAUCCACAGCUGGGAGUGCAGCUACAACAGCACAUGCAGCUGUCAGAAGGUGGACAAGAAUUGCAGACUCUCGCAGCAGCGUCAUGCAGCAGACCGCGGACGUACAGUGACGCAGGGUGUAGGACAGCAGCUGGAGUGGUGCAGGAGGUGGUGGUGGAGGAGGAAGAGAAUGUCCACCCCCUGGCUCACGCUAUACUCAACUCCCACGAACACGUCGAGUGCAAUAGGUCAUCCAGUGCCCUCAACCUCGCCCUCAGUCAGGCGGCGUCCAAUGCCUAUGCCAAUGCCCAUUUGCCGGUGAGUGGACAUCAGUGCCUGCCCGGAGCACCGCUGGACACCCAACACCCACAAGCGCUGCGGCAGGUCGUCACACACAGGGGCGACGGAGCACCUGCAGCCAGCAACGUGUGUAGCCAACAUCAUGUAGCUGACCCCUGCCACUUCGAGUACCACGCAGCGCAGCUGGAGAAGUUCUUGAAGGAGUACCGUUGCCUGCAGGAACAGCUGAUACACAUGAAGCAGUCCUACGAGGCCCACAAGAGGGCUGGAUCUAUCCCCAGGUUGGAUUGUUGUACUCCUAAUGUUGGAGAGUCACUGGGUUCCUCGGCGGCAGUGUUUCCUCCUGGUGAUCCGUGUUGUUCCUGCAGUCUUCAAGCAGCCUUCCUGCCCCCUUCUGCGGUUCAACCUAUACCAGGAAACUUCGCAGAAUCUUCCAUGGCGGAGGUUUCAUCUGGUGGAUAUCCGGAGGGUUCUCUCCCUCCCUUGUCACCUGCUGGGUUCAAUGAGGCUUCCAAUCCCCAGAUAUCGAGUGACGGAACUGUAGAUUCUGCCUUCGCCUCAGGUGGAUAUGUGGAUACUUCCAUGCCUCCUUCUGCUAGAUAUGCAGAUAGUUCUACACCACAGAUACAGAGAGGUGGCUAUACGGAUACAUCCACGUGUCAAGCCGCGGUAGAAGUGGAGUCUCCCAGUCAACAGAGCCCAGCUAGAGGAAGCCCCAGCGGCAAAACAUCAACAAGGACACUCAAGGAACCAUUAAAAUCCAUCCUGAAGAAGAGUACCGAUGGUGGCGGUCGUCGUCGGUGUGAUCAAUGGACAAGAAGUGCCGCCGCCGCCGCCACCUCCUCUUCGUGCUGUGACACCCAGACCCCUCCCCUUCCUCCGUAUGCCGCCACAGAUUCACAACAUCCUUCAUCUGAACCAUACCCAUCAAAUGAUCCUUAUCCAACCACCGAUUCACACACAACCUCAGAUCCGACAGCCGACCCAACUACGACCCUCACACACGCGCCACACACCUGCUACGACUCAUGAACCACGACGCUAAUAAGAGACACUGAAUGAAGACAACUGUACACCAAGACAACUGUUCACCAAGACAACUGUACACCAAGAUAACUGUUCAUCAAGACAACUGUACAUCAAGACAACUGUUCACCAAGAUAACUGUUCACCAAGACAACUGUUCACCAAGACAACUUUUCACCAAGACAACUGUACAUCAAGACAACUGUACACCAAGAUAACUGUUCAUCAAGACAACUGUUCACCAAGACAACUGUACACCAAGAUAACUGUACACCAAGAUAACUGUACACCAAGACAACUGUUCACCAAGAUAACUGUACACCAAGACAACUGUACACCAAGAUAACUGUACUUCAAGACAAGUGUACACCAAGACAACUGUACACCAAGAUAACUGUACUUCAAGACAACUGUACAUCACCUAAAAAUCCUCUUCAACUGUUUAGAUGCACAGUACAUGGUUAGUGUGCAUUAAUCACCAGGUAAUUGUACUAACAUCCUGUUGUACAUUACCAGAUUAAUGUGCAGUCCCCACCAAGCUAACGUUACAUGCUACUGUACAUCAUCCUAGGCUACUGUACAUCAUCCACCAGGUUACUGUACAUCAUCCACCAGGUUACUGUACAUCAUCCACCAGGCUACUGUACAUCAUCCAUCAUGCUACUGUGCAUCAUCCAUCAUGCUACUGUACUUCAUCCACCAGACUAUUGUACAUCAUGCAUCAUGCUACUGUACUUCACCCACCAAGCUACUGUACAUCAUCCAUCAUGCUACUGUGCAUCAUCCAUCAUGCUACUCUACAUCAUCCACCAGACUAUUGUACAUCAUGCAUCAUGCUACUGUACUUCAUCCACCAAGCUACUGUACAUCAUCCACCAGGUUACUGUACAUCAUCCAUCAUGCUACUGUACAUCAUCCAUCAUGCUACUCUACAUCAUCCACCAGGCUACUGUACAUCAUCCAUCAUGCUACUCUACAUCAUCCACCAGGCUACUGUACAUCAUCCCAUGCUACUGUACAUCAUCCAUCAUGCUACUGUACUUCAUCCACCAGACUAUUGUACAUCAUCCACCAGGCUAUUGUACAUCACCAAAUUGCUGUAUAUCAUUCACCGAGCUACUGUACAUCACCAAGUUCCUGUGUACAUUCUAUAACAUCCUUUUGAUCAGUGUACAUCAUAGUCUCAAGGUCACCGCAUAAUGGCCAUCAAAACACUUCAAAAUUAAGCUUCUGUAUGAUGCACAUAUUGUGUACUUUAGCAGACCACUGUACAUCACCAGGUAACUGUACAUCAUCACUACACAGCUGUAGUUCACCAGGAUGUUAACCAUUACCACACAGCUGUGCAUCACCACACAGCUGUACAUCACCACACAGCUGUACAUCACCAAGAUGAUGUACAUAAACGGGCUCCUAGUCCUUACCAAACUACAGUAUUGUACAGUCUACCAAAAAAUAGUAAACCGUGACAUUUUUAGAUUACAAAAUACAACAAUGAAAUAUGAAGCAGUUUGGAACAACACCCUGUAUGGAUCAUGGUUGUGUUGUGUUGUGUUGUGUUUUGUUGUGUAUUUUUUCAUUUACCAAAUAAUAAACUAUAACAUCAUACAAGUACACCUUUCUGAUGUUGUGUUACGUUAUUUAUAAUUUCUUCAUUAGUAUUAUGAUCCAAUGUUGCUCUUGUUGGUCAUUAAAUCUUGUCUCCCUUGACUUAUAUUAUCAUAUUAUAUUAAAAAAUAUACCUGAGGAAAACCCUUAAAUGUUUUACACCAGACACCAGGUAAACUAUGUUAGCUUAUCACCUACAAUAAUAAUAUUACCUGGAUUUAUUUACCUUAUGUCUGGUUAAUAAUAUCAGGUAGGACAAGUAAUUAUCAAGGUUACAUAAUGUUGAUAAUGUUCUCUGGAGAGUUUGUAAGAUGGUCUGAUAGUUUAUGGGUAAAUUAUACUAACAGUAUUUUCUUUUGUGUGUGUAUAAGACGCAGCAGAAUUUACAUAGAGAAUUUUAUUGUGCUUGAGGUAAACAGAGAGAACUUUACAGUGCCUGAGGUUAACAGAGAGAACUUUGACACAUGAGGUGAACAGAGAGAACUUUAUUGUGCUUGAGGUAAACAGAGAGAACUUUACAGUGCCUGAGGUUAACAGAGAGAACUUUGACACAUGAGGUGAACAGAGAGAACUUUAUUGUGCUUGAGGUUAACAGAGAGAACUUUGACACAUGAGGUGAACAGAGAGAACUUUAUUGUGCUUGAGGUAAACAGAGAGAACUUUACAGUGCUUAAGGUAAACAGCACACACUCACUUAACCUUCAGGGUUACCAACUGCUUCGUGCUCUACGCCAAUAUAUUUCAUAUUUGAAUUGUACAUCAUCAUUCUGCUGUACAUCGUCAGUCUGAAGUACAUCACCAGUCUGCUGUACUUCACCAGUCUGCUGUACAUGAACGGUGACGCUGUACAUCACCAGGCUGUUGUACAUCACCAGGCUGGUGUACAUCACUAGGCUGCUGUACUUCACCAGUCUGCUGUACAUCACCAGUCUGCUGUACAUCACCAGUCUGCUGUACAUCACCAUAAUGCUGUACAUCACCAUAAUGCUGUACAUCACCAUAAUGCUGCACAGUUUAUGUCAUCACAACUAAGACUUGCUGUACAUAUGUGUCUUUUGUAGAUGUUGUACAUAAUUUUUACGCAGGAAAAAUCAUAUACCGACUUAAGUUUGGCGACAAUCCUCCAGUUCCUUGUGGCCAUCAUUGUACCAUAAAGCUACACCGUGUACCAUGGCCAACAUUGUACCAUAAAG